CGCGCCCGAGAGCGAAGGUGGUGCUGCUGCCCGCGCGCGCGUCUGUGUGUACCUCCGGGAAGUACGCAUGCGCCCAGGCCCAAGCUGGGCCCUAGCAACCGCCGCAGUGACAGUAGCAACGGAGCGUAAUGGCAAAAGCAACAACAAUUAAAGAAGCCUUAGCCAGAUGGGAAGAAAAAUCAGGUCAGAAGCCGUCAGAAGCCAAAGAAGUAAAACUUUAUGCCCAGAUUCCCCCCGUAGAGAAGAUGGAUGCAUCCUUGUCCAUGCUUGCUAAUUGCGAGAAGCUUUCACUGUCUACAAACUGCAUUGAAAAAAUUGCCAAUCUGAAUGGUUUAAAAAACUUGCGGAUCUUGUCACUGGGAAGGAAUAACAUAAAGAACCUAAAUGGAUUGGAAGCAGUUGGAGACACUUUAGAGGAACUCUGGAUAUCUUAUAAUUUCAUUGAGAAGCUGAAAGGGAUUCAUGUUAUGAAGCGACUAAAGAUCCUCUAUAUGUCUAAUAACCUAGUAAGAGAGUGGGGGGAGUUUGUAAAGCUGGCUGAAUUAGGAUGCCUUGAAGAGCUGGUGUUUGUGGGCAAUCCCUUGGAAGAGAAAUGUUCUUCCGAGGGCAACUGGAUUGAUGAAGCGACCAGACGAGUACCCAGACUGAAGAAACUGGAUGGAGUCCCAGUAAUUAAAGAAGACGAAGAAGAAGAAGGCUAAUGUCACAUUUCCACUUUGUUUUAACUUAUGAUAUUUAACUACCUCCUUGUUUUUCAUAGUCACACAAAUAUCAUCUAUUUGGUUCAAAAAGACAACGUAUGGUAUGAAAUGAUCUUCUGUCACCAGCAAGACUCAGAACCAGCAGAUCAAAGUUCAGUUGGAAUAACUGAAAACAAGAGAGAAAAAUUCAAAUCGUAGGUUUUUAUCUGUUGUACCUAAUUACUGGGGAAAGUGAUUGUGGUAGAUAUAAAGAAUUAUCAAGAAUUGAAUCUGGCAACUUCCUGAUAAAUGAAACUUUCUAUUUCUGGGUUCACUUUUGUUUGAGAAGCGCCAAUUUAGAUAGCUGAUAGGUUAUGUUAUGUAAGUGCAUAUAGGAGGGAGAAAAAAGGUGAAUAUUUUGAUGUGGGAGUACAGGCAAAUAAUAUCUUUUAGAGUAAUUUCAUGCAGCAUUGCAAUAUACUUAAACUUUCAAAUCAAGAUGUUAACAAGACAGCCCAGAAUUUUGGAAUAUUGUGUAACAAAAUAGUAUGUUCUUUUCUGGGAAGCAUAAGGUGGUAUAGUAGGUGCCUAAAUGGAGUUUUGCAGAGAAAAAUGGCUAAUUUAUUCAUCCAGGCCCAGAGGGAGGUCAGGAACCCUCUGCCAUCUUGUUUUAAAUAUUUCUAAAGUGAGGUACCACCAAUAAAUUCAUAGUUAAAGGAGAAAAAGUAAAUAAGUUAGUGAUUUAAAGAAGUAGCCCCUGGCUUCAGAAAUAUUGAAUCCUUACUAAGAUAGGAAACAUUUGAUUUCCUUGAGUAUGCAAAUUUAUUAGAAAGGUGUUAUUGCUUUGACAAUCAGUUUCUAAUGGUGAAAGAAAAAAAAAAAACUGGUGCAGCAUUUUAAACUUUUAGCCAUUUGUUUAGUGAGAAGAAAUUCUGUAUUAUUAAUUUAGGAAACUCUGCCCAAUCUUAAGAAUCUAAAGCUUGUGGAUAUACAGGGGGAAUCACAACUCAAAGAAUCCUCAUUGUAUCUUUGUUGUGAUUGGCAGUUCAUUCUGCUGUCUUGGUUGAAUCAGCAAUCUUUAGGUUGGGUGGGUGUGUUCUCUAUGUGUCUCCCCGUAAAAGUCAGGGUCCAAGUGAAUGAGUGACUUACAACACUGGGGGCCAGUUGAGUCUGCUCGUCUCAUGACUUAAGAGUGGUUUUGGAUGCCCAUUUUUACUACCCUUGGUUUUGACUUUUAAAUUAGAAGGGGCUUUUUUUUUUCUUUUCAUAACCUUGGAAUCACAUGUAGUAUUCAGAGAAACAGAAGGUGUUGAUUGCUGGUAACUACGCCCUAUAUUCACAUUCACGUCAACUUUAUUGAAUGCCUGCUGUGGUGCCUAGCAUGGUUCUUUUUAUGGAGUAAAUCUAGACUCUUAGCCAAUGGGAAAGAAAUAUAGGGACCCAGGAGUAGUUCAGGAUCUUAUUUCAUCUAUUUUGUGAGCCUCAGUUUAAUUUAUGCUUUAUGCCUUUAAACAUAUUGCUUCUAGGAAAGAUAUUUGGCCUAAUUUGAAUGUGUUGUCUCUGUGCUCCUAGAUUAUUCAUUUAUAUAUAUGUAUGUGUGUAUAUAUAUAUAUAUAUAUAUAUAUAUAAACAUAACUAUAUUACAUACAUGUUUUAUACAUAUAUAUAUUUCAAAUGGCUAAAUUAACUUUCCUGAAUCUAUUUUUCCCUCUAAUGAUAAAUUUGUACACAUUGGUCAGAUCUUUUAAUUAUUCAGAAAAGCUUCUAUUUUAGUCAUCCAAAGAAUUCAAAUCUUCCAUCAUAUCCAAUAUUGAUAAGUUAUGACUCCAUACAUUUUGACUUAACUCUCUAGUCAUCUGCUGCCAAUCUUAACGUGGUGUUUAAAAAGAUGAUGUAUGUGUGAUGGAUGAUCAGAAAAAGUAUACAAAUGUUACUCUAUUUUGCCUUUCUUCUCUUUUAGUUUUUAUUUUCUCUCUCAUCUUUUCCUAAAAGUGUCUCACCUAGCAUUUCUUACCAUUUUUAUUUUAUUUCAAUUCUCCCAAGAUUGUCAUUGACUUUUGCCUUAAUCUCUUUUGAGUAACAUCUUUUCUGAUAGGAAAUGUCCACACUUGUCUCUCUUAUUCAGUUUCUAAAAGGCCUAGCAUUUUGCGUAAGCUUUAAAAACUGAGUCCAUGUUCUUGACUUAUUGUCAAAUUUUGUACACGAUUCAGAAUUUUAUUAGUCAGUGAUAACAAUUUUACAAAUUAUUAUAUGGAACUUGGGAAUUGUACAUGAGAGUUAUUCAACUCUCAUGAAUGUAGACAUUCAUAGAAAUCUUGCCUUAGUAACUCACUUUUUAAAAAGUACCAGUUUACAAAAUCUUACCUUAAGGCAGACCCCUGACAGUUCAAAUUUAGUUUGGAAGUGAUCUGAAGAUAUGGUUCAUUAUGUAAAAAUAACUUAGUAUUGGCAUUAUUCCUAGGUAUGGUUUAAAACAAUUUUUUUUUAAAUGACUAAGUUAAUGUUAAUUCACUUCCUUUGAGAUUACAUGCCUAGAACUGGGAUCAGAGGAAUUAAAUCUUCCUCUUUCAGCCUGGGAAAGAGGACUGAGGUUUGAACAGAGAUGGUAUCCAGAGCUUGAAUAGUUGCUACUCUCAUAUGGAGAAAAAGCUUUUGAUUUGACAGAGAGCUCAUUAGCAGUGUGAAAUAGAAUAGUAAGGAGGGAUGAGAAGUGAGGUUUUAAAGAUAUCCAAGUCCCUUUCAAGGAUUUGUUAUCAGUAUUAAUUCCUGUAAUGUGUGAUUAGAUUUUAAGGCUAAUUUAGUCCUGGGGUUUACUAUAAUCACCCAUCUCCCUUGGAGGACUAAAAAAGAAACAAACUGUAUGGAGAGAGGUAGGAUUCAAUUAUUUGCCAAAAGGAUUGAAACACUAUUAAGGGCACUGCUACCAGUGGAGAAGGCAAAGUUAAGUAAGAGAUUUCAGAUCAGCACAGUUGAUAACGUGUUGGGCCUGGAGUCUGGAAGAUGCAUCUUCCCGAGUUUAAGUUCAGCCUCAGACCCUUUCCAGCUGUGUGACUCUGGACAAGUCAUUUAACCCUGUUUGCCUGUUUCCUCUUUAAAAUGAGCUGCAGAAGGCAAUAGCAAACCCUUCCAGUAUCUUUGCCAAGAAAACCCCUGGUAGAGAGUGAGACAUGACUAAAAAACAAAAUUUGUAAAGGCACAUUGUUCAAUUGUUAUUACAAUUAUUCUUUGCUGGAAUUCCUAUUCAUUUAACACAAACUUUUAUUAUUUGGGUUUUUUUUUUCAUUAAUCUGUAGAGUACUGAAGCCUAAAACAAAACUUCACUCACACAGAAUUGGUGCUUCUGACACAUCUCACUUCAACCCAUUUUCUAAUCCCAGCUAUAGUAUUUCACAGAGUUUUCUUCUUGUAAAGUUGUAAUGUUAAUUACAAUCAAAAAUUAAGGGUAAUAACUGAAAUAUUUUUUAACUUUAUAUGAAAAGUUUUAAUCUAUAAAUUCUCUGGUGCCUUUUCAUGAACUAGUGACUAAAAAGAAGUAAACUAAAACAAAUUGAGUUCUGUCUUUAUCUGACCUAAGUUAUUGCCCAACAUUGUCUACUUGAUGAUUGUGAGAAAGUGGUAACUGGAUUCUAUUUUAUUUCCUAGGUGAAGAAGGUCAGAGGAAGCCAGCCAACCAGAUUUUGUUAUAGCAGAUUUAAACAGGGAGGGAAGUUACUAUUUUGAUGAACAUUUGCACUUUAAAAUGAUGCACUGGAUGUUGAUAGGAAGCACUUCCAAAGGAUAGAUGGGUAUUGAUCUAGUCUGCACAACAGUAUCUUUAAAUUAGACCUCACAUGAACUAUGUCUUAGUGAACCUGGCCUAAGCAUAUAUGUAUAGUAGCUUCCUAUGAAUACCAACCAUAGAUGGAUUUCCUUAGUUAUUUAGUGCAAUCUUUUAUUUCUGCUGCAUCCAUGGUGAUGAAUCUGUGUGAUGUGACACACUAGAGUCCCAUGUACAGUGCUGAAACCGUGUGGAAUCCUGAACAGCUGCUUUGUGAGUUAUUGUUCCCUCACAUAUACUGUAUACCUAUAUUUUAUUAACUUAGAUGUUAGCUAAACAGAGUUGUGGCAAAUAGUGCAGAGGUGGGUCAGAGUUCUUUCUUUGUGUGGCAGGCCAGGUGCUUGCCUCUAGGGUGCUAUGCCCAAAGGGAUUAUUUCCAUCAAAAGAAUGAUGGGUAUUAGCUGAAGAGUAUGAUCUCAGCAGCUCAUCCCCUGACUCUGUUGACUAGAAUCCUUGGCUUCUAGGACUGGCUCUAAGUAGGAGGAUAUUUUAACAUCUUUGGUUAAUAAUCUCUUUUAUAUAUAGAAGUUUUGUAGCAUGACUUUAUGGCUAAACAUAUUGUCUCUUAAAUUAUUUAGACCUAUUUGGUUUUUAAAUGUUAUUUUGUGGAACUUGUUUUAAAAUAGUAAUAAAUGAUGUUAUUUUAUAAAAAAAAAAAAA